UCUGCAAACUCCGGACGACUCCUCAAAAUUCCAAUCAAUGUCAUGUUCUUCAAGAUCCGCGAGGGUAGAUCAUUCGAUCGACGAUUCCGAAUUCGAUUAUUAUCUUCCCAAUUCGCCGGAUUCAAAUGAGCUCGAGGAUUCGUUCCAGGAGAUUGAAGAACAUGGCAUUGAUUGGAAUUUUGAGGAGGAGAGACAUAAUCGGCGAGUAAAACCAAGCGAAAGAGAAGGGAUGAGGAAGAUGUGGAGAAGAAUGGAUUCGGGAGGAGGGGGAAGAGAACGAAGGGUUCGAUGGUGGAAAACGGUGGCGAAUUCGUUUCGUCUAGGAAGAGGAAGGAAAUGGCGGCUUCAUCUCGGAUUCCUGUUUUGGAUCGGAAUGUUCUUAUCGGCAAUGUGGAGCCUACCUGCUCGACAUCUUCCAUUUCUUCCGUGAAAAAUCGCCACAGAUACGGAAAUAAUUCUGCAAAGAGGAUAUGCCUUGAGCGCAGAACAAUUGGGAAGGAGGAUAUGAUUUCAAAUUGCUCAAGUUCUUUCAAGAGUCUGAGCGAAACUGGAAGCAUACGCAUGACUGAUGAGAUGAGCUUGAAAUCUUUGCCAUCAUGAGAUGAAACUUAUGGCUGCGGAGUUUGUAAGAGUUCUCAUAAUUUAUCCAAGACUCCUAGCAGAGAUUUUGAUAAACUUCAUAAAGUUGAAAACAACGUUCGUGUGCUUAAUCUUCUGCUGCC